AGCCAUGGGACGAGAGACCCUGGCCCUCGGCUGGGCAGGCGCUGCCAUCCUGGUGUUGCAGACGCUGGCUGCGGCAGAGGGCGCCCCGCGGCACCCCGGAGAUAAGGGCAGGGUAUUUGCGGAACUGAGUGCCCAAGAAAUCAAGGCCGUGCACAGCUUCCUCUGGUCCCAGAAGGAGCUGAGGCUGGAGUCAUCCAACACGCUGACCGUGGCCAAGAACUCCGUGUUCCUUAUUGAGAUGCUGCUGCCCAAGAAGCAACACGUGCUCAAGUUUCUGGAUAAAGGCCACCAGCCUCCCGUUAGGGAGGCGCGUGCCGUCAUCUUCUUCGGAGCCCAGGAGCAGCCCAACAUCACCGAGUUUGCCGUGGGGCCGCUGCCAAGGCCCCGGUAUCUGCGACACCUGCCGUUCAGGCCCAGGCACCAGGCCUCCUGGGCCUCCAGGCCCAUCUCCAAGGCAGAGUACGCCCUCUUGAGUCACAUGCUGCAGGAGGCCACCAAGCCCCUGCACCGGUUUUUCAUGCGCACAGCGGGCGCUGUGCUCGGAAACUGCUCCCAGCGGUGCCUGACUUUCACCGACGUGUCACCCCGAGGCGUGGCCUCCGGCCAGCGCCGCACUUGGUUCAUCCUGCAGCGGGAAAUCGAAGGCUACUUCCUGCACCCCACUGGGAUGGAGCUUCUGCUGGACCAUGAAAGCACGAACCCCCGGGACUGGACGGUGGAGCGGGUCUGGUACAACGGGAGGUUCUACCGGAGCCCCGAGGAGCUGGCUAAGAAGUACGACGAUGGAGAGGUGGACGCGGUGGUCUUGGAGGACCCUCUCGCCAAAGGCAAGGACGGAGCGAACCUGCCCGAGGCGGCCCUCUUCUCCUCCUACCAGUUACGCGGGGACUUGGGCGUCUCCAAGAGCGGCCCCCGCCUGGUGCAGCCCAAGGGCGCGCGCUACAGCCUAGACGGCCACACGGUGCGCUACGCCGGCUGGAGCUUCUCCUUCCGCCUGCGCUCGUCCUCCGGGCUGCAGGUCCUGGACGUGCGCUUUGGCGGUGAGCGCGUAGCCUACGAGGUGAGCGUGCAGGAGGCCGCGGCGCUGUACGGAGGACACACGCCCGCCGGCAUGCAAACCAAGUACUUGGACGUGGGCUGGGGCUUGGGCAGCGUCACUCAUGAGCUGGCCCCUGGCAUCGAUUGCCCGGACACGGCCACCUUCCUGGACGCCCUCCACUACUACGACGACGACGGCCCCGUCCUCUACCCCCGGGCCCUCUGUCUCUUCGAGAUGCCCACGGGGGUGCCCAUCCGGCGGCACUUCGACUCCAACUUCAACGGUGGCUUCAAUUUCUAUGCGGGGCUCAAGGGUCAGGCGCUGGUGCUGAGGACCACGUCGACUGUCUACAACUAUGACUACAUCUGGGAUUUCAUCUUCUACCCCAACGGGGUGAUGGAGGCCAAGAUGCAUGCCACCGGCUACAUCCAUGCCACCUUCUACACCCCCGAGGGGCUGCGCCACGGGACCCGCCUGCACACGCACCUCAUGGGCAACAUGCACACCCACCUCAUACAUUACCGCGUCGACCUGGAUGUGGCAGGCACCAAGAAUAGCUUCCAGACCCUGCAGAUGAAGCUGGAAAACAUCUCCAACCCCUGGAGCCCAGGACACCGCGUGGUCCAGCCUGCUCUCCAGCAGAUGCGGUAUUCUCGGGAGCGCCAGGCAGCCUUCCGCUUUGGACAUUCUCUGCCUAAAUACCUGCUUUUUACUAGCCCCAAGCAGAACCCCUGGGGCCACCAGCGCAGCUACCGAGUGCAGAUCCACUCCAUGGCCGAGCAAGUGCUGCCCCCAGGCUGGCAAGAGGAGCGGGCCGUCACCUGGGCCAGGUACCCCCUAGCGGUGACCAAAUACCGGGAGUCAGAGAGGUACAGCAGCAGCAUCUACAACCAGAACGACCCCUGGGACCCACCUGUCGUCUUUGAGGAGUUUCUUCACAACAAUGAGAACAUUGAAGACGAGGAUCUGGUGGCCUGGGUCACGGUGGGCUUCCUGCACAUCCCCCACGCAGAGGACAUCCCCAACACAGCCACGCCCGGGAACUCCGUGGGCUUCCUGCUCCGACCCUUCAACUUCUUCCCAGAGGACCCGUCCCUGGCAUCCAGAGACCUCAUAAUCGUGCAACCUCUGGAAAAUGGCUCCAGCUACACCCAGAACUGGAUGCCUGAGGAAGACGGGGACUGCUUGAAGCCACCCCCUUUCAGCUACAAUGGAACCUACAGGCUUGUGUGAAGGCCCCUGCCCCCCACUGAGUCCCACCUGAAGCCCAAGCGCCCCCCUCCUCCAGGGACAGAUGAUAAACACCUCUGGGGCGGCUUCGGAGGCUUCCUGGAGGAAGCACAGUGGGUGAGGCCACGCCCCAGGCCAGGCAUGUAGGACACACACGGAUGAGAAACCCAAGGCUUUGGUCUCCACCCCAGAGAAGACCUCCAUGGCUAUGGCAAAUGACAGUCACUGAAAUACUAGGUUGGCCUGUGAGGUCAGUGUAAGGAAUCUGAGGCUGAUGGCUCCCUCCUGGAAGACUAGGGGUCACUGAUGAGCACGCCAAGUAGUGCAAGCACAGGAAGACACUGGAAAAAUCUAGCGAAACUACCACCUCCUCUUCCCUUUGACUUACUGAUCCAACUUCUUGGAGUUAUUGUGGAGAUCUACUUACAAACACAGGAAAAAUAGAUGUACAUAGCAAUUUACUGAAGGACUCUUUGUACUGGCAAAGUCUGGGAAAAAAACCCAAACCUCCAUCAACAGGAAAUGGAGAUCUACAAGAGAGAGCCUGUAGAUGUUAAUAAACCUUGGAAUGCCCACACAAUGCAAUUGUAGGUGACUGUGAAAGGGAUAUGUGCAGGGAUAUUCGCUGUCCUGUUGGGAAGAGCUUCAUGAUGUACUCAGAAUACAGGUAUAGAACAAUAGAUGGCAUGCUAAUCUGUGUAUAAGAAAAGAGAGAAAUACAUGUACUCAUACAUACUCUUGAAAGAUAACACAUGAUUCUAAUAAAAGUGGUUACCCAUUGUCUUCAUCCA